AUGGUUGCAAGUGCUUGUCGCAGCUCUUGUGGUGCUGCGCCCGCUGAGCUACACUGGGGCGCAGUGGCCGCCUGCCCUCCCGCUGAGGCUCUGGGCCGAGCGUUCGCCGUGGACGCUGCUGCCGUGGACGCUGCCGUGGGUACGACGACAGCAAAAAAAAGGACUCAAGGGCGCUGGAUUGUGGAUGCCACUGGCACUCGCGUGAAGCUCGCCUGUGUCAACUGGGCCGGUGCAGAAGUGAAGGAUGGCAUCGUCGGUGGCUUGCAGGCCCGAAACGUGACGAGUAUUGCAGCCACCUUCAAGUCAAUGGGUUUCAAUUGCGUCCGCUUCCCGUGGUCUGUUUGGAUGGUUCAGACGAAUCCACAAGUUCCAGACGACCUGCAAGAGUCUCUCCUGGCUGCGAAUCCGCAGUUGAUGGGAUUGAGAACGCUGGAGGUGCUGGAUGCGGUCAUUGAUGCCUGUGCUUCCGUGCAACUGCUCAUCUUUCUGGAUAACCACGUAUCAGAUGGGACCUGGUGCUGCAGUGACUUUGAUGAGAACGGUCUGUGGUACAACAGCCGCUGGCCAACGCGCGACUGGCUGGAGGCACAUGUGACCCUCGCGGCCCGCUACGCCAGGCGGCCCUGGGUUGUUGGGACCGAGUUGCGGAACGAGGUCCGUGCGAGUGCACCCGGUGGGGCACCGCAUUGGGGCGGUGGAGGACCCAACGACUGGCACGCAGCAGCCACGGAGGCUGGCAAUGCCAUACUGGCGGUGAAUCCUGAGAUUCUGAUUGCCGUCGGCGGGAUCAAUUAUGGCAAGGAUCUCUCUGGUGUUUACAGGCUGCCCGUGAAGCUCGACAAACCCAACAAGCUUGUGUACACUGCCCACAGCUACUCAUGGUCCUACCCAUGGUUGGCAGAUCGCUACCAGGCAUUACAUGGGCAGCUGGGCAAGGACUGGGGAUUCAUCGUCCAGGAACAGAGGCCAUUCACUGCACCAGUCUGGGUCAGUGAAUUUGGCACUUUCAGCGACUGCCACAAGGACUCGUGCGCCAACUGGUGGCCCGACUUCCUGCAAUACUUGCUCCAGGGCGACUUCGAUUGGGCUGUCUGGCAUGGAGAUGGCACCUGGAGCCGAGAUGACCUACACCCUUUUCAUGGCCCGACGAACUAUGGCGUGCUGGCUGCCGACUGGCAAACUCCAGCAGCCAGUGGGGAACUCCUUGCUGCGCUCCAAACGGUUCAGGCCCCAUGGAGCGGCCCAGGUGUAAACUCUUCCGCACAGCGGUGCAAUGCGCACUGUGCAGACUCCUGGGACUCAGGCUGGAGCAAUGGGCGAGCGAACGCUGCCGCAUGCGCCCCGUGUCUUCGGAACAGGCCUUGCCGAGGCAACCUGUCGGUUGAGGAUUGGUGCAACAACGGAUGGGCGAAGGUGAGCUGUAGCUGGACGUGCUGUCGUGCAGGGCUGCUGGAGCCACAGACGUGCGAAGAGUCUCGCUGUCAGAGUCGCUACUCAGAUAACUAUGACCCCUCGUGGCCAUCUCGUCUUGUGAACACCAGCGCCUGUCUGAUCUGCUUACAGGACGAGCAGUGCCGCGGAUUCAGAAGCCGAUCCAGCUGGUGCACCAGCCCCUGGGCGGCGACGCACUGUCAGUUGACAUGCUGCACGGCUGGCUUCGUUGCUCCUUCGAAGAAGUCGGCUUCUCUCUUCCUGCAGUAG